GUGAGCUUGUGUAUGUUUGCGCCAGUACUGAGGCAGUGAAGCAGCGCGAGCGAGCGAGCGAGCAAUACAAAAUAAAAUUUUGCGCAAAAAGGGCCAAGAACCUGAUCAAUAAAUUGUAGUUAAAGUUGAAUGUGACCCAAAACGCGUGUGCUAAACCAAAAAUAAACAAAUUGUGUCCUUAUACUCUGCCAUUGGCCAAGGCAGCUAACAAACAAAUCGCUCAGCGCUGCUCUGAAAAAAGAACGUAAGCAACGAUAACAGCAGAAAAUUUUGGUGUGCUGUGCGCGCGUGCUGCCAACUGUGUAAAAAGUGUUUUGCCUUUUAUACCGCCUGCCUGCCGCUGUCACCACCUCUACCGCCAAUCGCCAACCAAUCGAGUCCAAUAACAAAUCAUUUGGCUCUGCAGAGAAUUAGGACCAAAUUCGCGGCCACUAGCGAUGCCCCAGCAGCAAUCAGCUACGUAGUAGCGUGAAGCAAACGGAGCUAGCUCUCUGCUCUGCUCUUGUGUGUGGCGUGCGUACAGUUGAAUUUUUCAACAAGUUGCCAGCACAGCGCGCAACGCGACACAAACACACGUACACAGACUCAUAUACACGUUAAUAUAUGCACACAAACACAAGCAAGCGCGCGCAGAGAGAAGGGAAACCGAAACGGCAAAAACAACAACAAGAGGAGCAGCAACGUUUUAGUGAUGUCAUCAGAAACAACAGCAGCAGCAGCAGCAGCAGUAGUCAUCGUCCAGCAUCAUUUAACUUCAAACUGGCAAAACUAAAACGGAAAAGACGCCAAACUGAAGCACUUAUCGGAGAGCGUAACGGUGCUGCUGAAAAUCGCUAAAAUGGACAGCAUCGUCGAGGAGAACGGCAACUCGGCCUCCAGCGGUAAUGUCAACGAUAUUGACAUCGCAGCAGCCGCCGCCGUCGCCUCUGCCGCGGCGGCAGCAGCAGUCGCAGCAUCGGUGGCAGCAACAGGCGGCCAACAGCAGCAGCAGCAGCAGCAGCAGCAGCAGCAAUUACAACAGAACCAGCAAAGUACAACGAGCGGCGUCCCGGCGACAGUUAACACGAACAAUGCCAGCGGCACGGCCUCCGUGUUGACCACAGCCGCCAAUUGUAAUAUACAAUACCCUAUCCUAACACAGCACGGCCUACAGGUACAAUCCGUGAUACAGGCGGCCAAUCACUCGGGUGUCAUACAAACCGCUGUCGGAACACAGCAGCAACAGCAGCAGGCGCUGGCCGCCGCAUCGGCGAUGCACAAGGGCGGCAGCGGCGUCGUCUAUAUGACCAAGCCGGCAAAUACGACGGUCAUCCAUACGACCACGAGCAAUGCAGUGCAAGUGCGUAACAAAAUCCCUCCAAAUUUUCAAUGUAAGAUCAAACCCGAACCGAAUACCCAGCAUCCGGAGGAUAGCGAUGAGAGUUUAUCAGACGAUGAUUCACAGCAUCAUCGCAGUAAUCUGACACGAAGGCCAUCGUACAAUAAGAUUUUCACCGAAAUCAGUGGACCCGACAUAAGCGCGGGUGGAGCACUGCAAAUGCCCGACGGCAACGUACUCAGCUCACAGCUGGGUAGCGGGGCGGGGGGUGGCGGCGGCGGCAACAACACAUCAAGCAGUCCCUUGCUGCACAUGGCGCCGGACUCGGCCUUCUAUUUAUCCAAUCGGAUAGCAUACAAUGCCAAUAACAGCGGCAUUGCGGAGGAUCAGACACGCAAGCGAGAGAUUCGACUGCAAAAGAAUCGGGAAGCGGCGCGCGAAUGCCGGCGCAAGAAGAAGGAGUACAUUAAGUGCCUGGAGAAUCGUGUGGCGGUGCUAGAGAACCAAAACAAAGCGCUCAUCGAGGAGCUCAAGUCGCUGAAAGAGCUUUACUGUCAGACCAAGAACGAUUGAACGUGGCCCCGUUGCUGGAAUGGGCAGCACCGGCGGUUGGUUCUGGCAGCAGCAGCAGCAGCGGCGCCGGCAGCGGCAGCAGUAGCUUUAAGUCUACACUGGCUUGGCAAUGACAAUGACGCGAACGACAAUGCUGCUGGAUGCAGGACGGGGGCAAGGACGAGGGCAAGAACGCGGACGAGGACGAGGACAGGGACGGGGACACGGACACGCACUGAGACAAUGACUUUGACGGUGACGACUGCAACCAGCCGCAUAUCAUGGUUUACAUACAUAACAAAAACACAAACGCUAUAUGUAGUAUAAUUUAUAUACAAUGAUCAUGUUGUUGUUGUUGUU